AUGCACUUCAACAACCUCGCCAUCCUCUUCUCGCUCGCCGCCGCUGGCGCAGCUGAGACAACUGUCGACGCUGAUGAUGUACCCUUGGCCUGCCGCAACAUCUGCCGCGACACCAUCGAUCUUUCUCGCCGCUGCGAGAUUCAAGCUGACACUGACACGUCCACGACGGACGACGACAUCAUCUAUAACAACUGCUUCUGUCAAGCUCCAGACGCAGAGGCCCGCAUCAGCGAGUGCGCGACGUGUGUCAAGGCCAACGGCAUGAGCGAUGCCAAUGACGAUGACAAUGAAGCUAACGGUUUCAUACGCAGUCCCGCGAAUCCGGUUCCGACACCUACCACGAACUCUGGCAGCGGCAUCGGUGGCAUCCCGACCUCAGUGACCAUGGUCCCAACCACCAUAUCCACGGGCGGCACUACGGCUGUCAUCAGCACACCCAGUCUGGUCGGCAACACCCAGCUGCCCACGACGAGUGUUCCCGGCGCAGCAGCCAUGGCUACGCCCAUGGUUCAGGGGCUGGUCGUUGCUGGCCUUGCUGCUGCGCUGUUCUGA